GAACACACAGGAGACGAGACAGGACGGGGGAAAAUGACCGCAGGGAGGCUCUCAGCUCAAGCUGACAUUAGACAUUAUCACCAUGAAUUUCGUUUUGUUUUUAUAAAAGCUGCAUCUUCUCUGUUUUGAGCGUCGACCGACCAGCUUCGGAGGAACUCUGGUGACACUGGGGGAUUUACUAGCUUUUCUUUUUUUUACUGGGUUUGCUCGGUCCGGGCAACAGGGUCAGAGACACACCGAUAACCGUUAGUUUUUUCCUCUGCCAGGAUGCCGCGGGACAACAAAACUCCUCUUAUACAGAAAAUAGCGAAGCAGGCCUAUAUCACAUUUAAAGGCCUGAAGUCUUCGUCCAACGGGGAUAAUAAACUCGUUGCGGAUAAGCAGGAUGAACUAAUCUCCUUAGUGACCGCGGUCAGGGCUGCUGACCUGAAAAUUGCUCCCCGGAAAAGCAAACCGGGCUCCGGGGCAGCAGGGCUCCAGAGCCCCCCGGUCACCUACAUGCACAUCUGCGAGACGGAGGUGUUCAGCAUGGGGGUGUUCCUGCUGAGGACCGGCGCCUCCAUACCGCUGCACGACCAUCCGGACAUGAACGGGAUGCUUAAGGUUCUCUAUGGGAAGGUGAGUGUCCGCUGCUUUGAUAAACUGGAGGAUAACUUGACUGUCAAAACCGUCCCACCUCACUUUGAUCCUCCAUUGGCCCCACUCCAGACGGCCUCCCUGUGGCGCUCCAUACUCCGCUCUGUUGCAGAGUACUCCGAGAACAGCGGGCCAUGCCUGCUCACUCCUCUUAGGGAUAACCUCCACCAGAUUGACGCAGUGGAGGGGCCAGCUGCUUUCCUGGAUAUCCUGGCACCACCAUACAAUCCAGAUGAUGGUCGGGACUGUCACUAUUACAAAGUCCUGCAAACUGUGGCAGAGAGAGAAACAGAUGGAAAGAGCAGCGAGGAGCAGCAGGGAGAGGAGAAGGAGAAAGAGGAGGACACUUGGCUUCUAGAAAUCCCUCAGCCAGAGGACUUCUGGUGUGGUGGGGAACCCUACCCAGGCCCUGCAGUCUCUAUCUGAAUGAAAACUCUCAUCAUUGCAGAAUAUGGUAGUUAUAAUGUUGUGAUAUCCAUCCAUCCACAAUGGUAAACUUUGUUUGGUCACCUUCCACAGGAAGGUCAAACAUGAGGGUCAUUAUUACCUGGAACUCAAAGAGACUGAGUGUCUUGCUCAAGGAUGCUAUGGCACGACAGAAGCUUGCAGAAACGGGGGCGUGAACUCUGACACCCCACCCAGAAUAAAGACCACUGAACCUCCUUCUGCAAAGCCUUUAUAACCUUGUCAGCACUGGUUAAAGUAUUGACACCAGGAAUUCACUUUCCAAAUAUGGUAUCUUUCUUUGGACCAUUAUGUUGCUUUGUAUACACUUGAAUGUCAUCAGCUAGGUGUUGUGUCAGUGGUGGGGUGUCAUUAGGGUCUGAUGUGUGUCCUGUGAAGCCUUUUACACAUGAAUAUUCCACUGUAUUGCAGAGGUGUCUUAAUGCCAAAGCCUGUAACUCAAUUUGUACCUGCCUUAUUUGUGAGUAUUGAAUGUAUUCUUCUUAGGAGUGCCAUUUUUAUUGUACACACCAACCUCCUCUUUCAAUGUGCACACACUACAUUAUAUAUCCACUUUAUUUUUAUCUUAUAUGUUUAACUUAUUCCAUUGACACAGGUUUGGACAGAUAAGGAAAAAAAAGCUCAAGUUCAGCUCUUUCUACAUAUUUGGUGAUGUAUUAUACUGUUAUUUCAGCUAAUGUAAUGUCAUCCACAGUGAGAUGACAUAUGUGAUGCAUCAUAUUAAAGACAGACUGAAGUCUUUAAUCCCAGUCUAGAAAAUAUAGUUUCUGAAAAACUAUUGCAUUUUACAAUAGGAAGCUGUAUUGGGGAAUGUCAGCAUUUUCAUGGUAUAAAGCCAACACACUUAGACUUGUCACUAUCUUUUACCUUGUUAAACACAGUAUCACUCCUAUGUGUAUGUCGCAGAACCUUUAAUUUCUAUCAUGACAUUCCUGUGACCUAUAUUAGACUCCACACAGGUCUAUGUGCCAGUUUGACAGUGAUUCUGUUACUCUGAUGAUGAAUGUAUGUGGAACAAUAAAGUUGCUGUCUCAUA